AUAAUGAUCUGUUACGGAAACAUAACUGGCCAAUAAUGGGUUAAAGGGCCUCUAUACCGAUUGUAAAAAACAGGACGUGAAACGGUGACACGUUUCAAGAUGGCGGACAUCUUUGCACAGACAUGCAAACAAUAGGGCGUACCGUUUCUUCCUCUUUUUCCAUCCCAGUCGGCAUCUGAGGCACCGAUCUGUUGAUUGUUGCAAAGUCCGGAAGAUCUGAAGUGUUGUAGUAAGAUGACGCAUAUUGUCAUUAUCCCUGGAAACGGCGGAGGUGACGUCACUCGAGCCAACUGGUACGGCUGGGCGCAGCGAAAGCUGAAUGAGCUGGAUGGGGUAAAGUGUGACCUCAGGAACAUGCCGGAUCCGGUGAUAGCCCGUGAGUCCAUCUGGAUCCCGUUCAUGCGUGACGAAAUGGGGUGCGGCGAGGAAACCAUUAUUGUGGGGCACAGCUCGGGCGCUGAGGCGGCUAUGAGGUUCGCGGAGAAGUACAAGGUUAAGGGCAUUGUGAUCGUCUCCGCAUGUUUUUCAGACCUCGGCGAUGAGAACGAGCGAGCCAGUGGCUACUACAGUCGGCCUUGGGAAUGGCCCCGUAUACGAGAAAACGCCCCCUGGCGGGUCCAGUUUGGAUCCACAGACGACCCCUUUAUUUCUUGGUCCGAGCAACAACAGGUCGCUGAUGGACUGGAGUCCGACUUGCACAAAUUUCAGGAUAAAGGCCACUUCAUGAACACUUGCUUUCCCCAGCUCAUUGAUGUGAUUAAAAAGAAGUUAAAAGAAGGGAAAUGAAGAUGUACAGGAUCUAUGAUAAUCAGAGUGAUAAUAUCCAAAUAUUCAAACUCUCGUUCAGAAUAUAAUUAAAUCAUAAAAAGGACAGGAAUAAACAGAACGUUUCAAGUAUACUUUGCUAAAAAUCUGCUGGAAUAGUAACGGCCAUAGUAAAUACAAGGCAUGUCGCUUAUUGUACACACAAUCACAGAUUGAAAAAAAUAAUAUUUUUUUUUAAAUUCUUACACGAACGGUUGAAAGACGUCAAAAUAACAGAAAAAAUAAGGGAGUUUAUGAUUUAUUUCUUAAUAGAUUACAUCAGUUGGGCUACCUGUGUUAUAUGUCGGAAAUACAUUGACAUGUAUAUCA